AUGGUGCACCUAAAUAGAGUAUCUACCUUGAAGGAGGGCGAAUUCUCGCUUCCUGCUCGACGAAAGUCUACAGUGCCUGGUCUUGAGCACAUCUCACUAGAGGCUCCUGGUGAGGAUGACUUCUCUACCAGUGUCUAUGGUUCGAGAUUUGCUGCUCAAGAUCUCCCGGCCCAUGAGAUUCCAGAAAGAGAGAUGCCUCGAGACGUUGCUUACCGAUUGAUUAAGGAUGAACUCAGUCUCGAUGGCAACCCUAUGUUGAAUCUCGCCAGUUUUGUUACCACAUACAUGGAGGAGGAAGCUGAAAAGCUCAUGCAAGAGGCUCUUUCCAAAAACUUCAUCGAUUACGAGGAAUACCCCCAAUCAGCCGAGAUCCAGAACAGAUGCGUGAACAUGAUUGCUCGUCUCUACAAUGCCCCUGACACUGGCGACGAAACACAGAAUGCCAUCGGCACAUCAUGCAUUGGCUCCUCGGAAGCCAUUAUGUUGGGAACUCUGGCAAUGAAGAAGAGAUGGCAGAACAAGAGAAAGGCUGCUGGCAAACCCUACGACAAGCCAAAUAUUGUCAUGAACAGUGCUGUCCAAGUAUGCUGGGAGAAAGCUGCUCGAUACUUCGAUAUCGAAGAGAAAUAUGUCUACUGUACAGACCAGAGAUACGUGUUAGACCCUGAACAAGCUGUGGACCUCGUCGACGAGAACACCAUCGGUAUCUGUGUCAUCUUAGGUCUCACGUACACUGGUGAGUAUGAAGAUGUCAAGGAGGUCGACCGACUUCUUCGUGAAAGAGACAUUGAUUGUCCAAUCCACGUGGACGCUGCUUCCGGCGGAUUUGUCGCUCCUUUCGUCAAUCCCAACCUGCAGUGGGACUUCCGUCUCGAGAAAGUUGUCAGCAUAAAUGUCUCUGGUCACAAGUACGGCCUCGUCUAUCCUGGUGUAGGAUGGGUCGUCUGGCGAUCUCCAGAAUACCUUCCACAAGAACUCAUCUUCAACAUCAACUAUCUGGGGGCAGACCAAGCUUCGUUCACUCUAAACUUUUCGAAAGGUGCAUCUCAUGUCAUAGCUCAGUACUAUACACUGAUUCGGCUUGGCAAACGUGGUUAUCGCAGCAUAAUGCUUAACCUGACUCGUACCGCAGACUACCUGCAGGAGCAGCUCGAAGAACUCGGCUUCCUGAUAAUGUCUCCAGGUCAUGGUCGCUCACUACCUCUUGUCGCUUUUCGCCUCGAUCCUGACGAUGGUCACGACUUCGACGAAUUUGCUCUUGCCCAUCAGUUACGUGAACGUGGCUGGGUCGUACCUGCCUACACUAUGGCUCCACACUCCGAGAAACUAAAGAUGAUGCGCGUCGUCGUUCGAGAGGACUUCUCCAAGUCUAGAUGCGACAAUCUUGUCAACGACAUCAAGCUUGCCCUGAAGACCUUGACAGAGAUGGAUGCUGCGUCGGUCGAGAAGUACAAGAAACAUGUCGAAGACGCCGUCUCACACAGACAUGGCCACAAGAAGAGGUCCAAGAAGCCAAAGGGUAACUUGCAGGACAACCACAGCUUGCAAGCCACGCACGACAAAAGCCACCCAAUCUGUUAG